GACACGGCCUAGGCAGGGACAGGGGUGCUUACCCUUCCGACUCGUUCAUGCGCUGUUCCCUUUUACGGCCCCGCGGGAUGGAGCUGCCGCUUUCUGCCCGAGUUUCGUGCCACUCAUGCUCGUCCCAUCUGCGGUUGUUUCCCCUGCAGGUUCUUACAAUGGCCGAGGAUUUGAUAGCAGCGGUUGCCAGCCAGACAAAGAGACUCAACAGCAGCAGCAGCGAGGUGGUUCAAAGGCUGGAGGAAAACGGGCAUCAAAACAAAAGGUUGAAGAGCGAUGCAGAUGAGGAAGAUGCAGAGGAUCAGAAUAAAAAGUUACCCAAGAGGAAGAUUGUGCUGUUGAUGGCAUAUUCAGGGAAAGGCUACCAUGGCAUGCAAAGAAACGUGGGAUCUUCCCAGUUCAAGACAAUUGAAGAUGACCUAGUCUCUGCCCUUGUUCAGUCAGGAUGCAUCCCAGAAAACCACGGGGAAGAUAUGAAGAAGAUGUCUUUCCAGCGGUGUGCUCGAACUGAUAAGGGUGUGUCUGCAGCUGGACAGAUUGUGUCGCUGAAGGUCAGGCUAAUAGAUGACAUAUUAGAAAAGAUCAAUAAUCAUCUUCCUUCUCACAUCAGAAUUCUGGGCCUGAAGAGAGUCACCGGGGGAUUCAACUCCAAGAACAAAUGUGAUGCCAGAACCUACUCUUACAUGCUGCCAACGUUUGCCUUUGCCCACAAGGACCAGGAGGUGCAGGAAGAGCUUUACCGGCUGGACAGAGAGACCCUUGAAAGGGUCAAUAAACUGCUGGCCUGCUACAAAGGGACACACAACUUCCACAACUUCACUUCACAGAAGGGCCCCAGGGACCCCAGUGCCAAGCGGUACAUCAUGGAGAUGUACUGUGGAGAGCCCUUCGUCAGGGAGAACUUGGAAUUCGCAGUGAUCGAAGUGAAAGGCCAGAGUUUCAUGAUGCACCAGAUCAGGAAGAUGAUUGGGCUGGUGAUAGCAAUUGUGAAAGGUUAUGCUGCUGAGUCCAUCAUGGAACGCAGCUGGGGAGAGGAGAAGGUCGAUGUUCCCAAAGCCCCCGGACUUGGGCUGGUUUUGGAGAAAGUGCACUUUGAAAAAUACAACAGGCGUUUUGGGAAUGAUGGGCUGCAUGAGCCACUGGAGUGGACAGAGGAGGAGGGGAAGAUUGCUGUUUUCAAAGAGCAGUACAUCUAUCCUACCAUUAUCAACACAGAAAGGGAGGAGAAAUCCAUGGCAAACUGGCUAAACACCCUCCCCAUUCAUGACUUCAACUCAUCUGCUGUUGAGAUGCAAACUAACAACAAAAAUUCAAAGAAGAGCAGCGAUCUCGAAGCCAGCGAUGGUUGUGGUGAUGAUUCUGACUGAGCCAGCGAGUGGCUGGAUGUGGGGCCACUGCUGCUUGCAGUUCCCUUUGCCUACAAAAAAGUGGCCUUUCUAAAUUCAAGAGUCCAGUGAAAUAGCAGAAAAAAACAGAAGCUUUUUAUACCACUGACCGAUUCACCUGACUGAUAUACUUGAAAACAGUGUAGUAGGAAAGCAGCUUCGUAAAAAAUCUUGAAAAAUUGCUAUUUGAAUAAUGUUUUUAUUAUGUUUACUUGGAAAAUAGUAUUUUAAAUAUCUAUAAUCUCUACAUAAAGAUGCGGAAAACAAUUU